ACUGAAUGAUCUGUGGGAUAGUGGAGCUGCUGAGAGGGUAUGUAAAGAAAGCAAAUCCACCUGACGACAAAGCCACGAGUUGGUCCGGAGUGAUUGCUGGGAAUACUGGAAGAGAUGCAAUGCUUUCGAGCUCCAGGACAGUCAACAUGCCACUUCGGAUGGGUUUGUCGGGAAGGCCGUGACUGCCAUUGAGUUACAUGAUCUCAAUGAGUAUUGCUCAAAGUUCAACCAUUGUAGUCUGACUGGUUGCACCACGGGCCACUGACAACAACUUCGACGAAACGAAUGAGGCUAUGGCCAACAGGGUUCUAUACAAAGUUCAUCAAUCAAACAGCAUCGAAGUUUCGAAGAAGGCUAGGGCGACGUCUCGAACGAAAUGAUACCACGAGCUCGAGUGAGCAUCAAUAUGAGAAAUAGACGGAAUCUGGAUGCGCGAUGUGUCGCACAACCGAACUGGUGCCGACGGUUGCUUGUGAGGCCAGAAACAAUAUCUUGGCCCGGAAGGCUUGGGCAGGUCGAACAGCAGACGAUGCGAACGACGACAUGCGAGGGGACUCCGGGGACGUGGGUGGGAACGGGUUCAAGUGAACAACGACAUUGGUGACGCUCCAGUAUAGAUCGGAGCAUUGAGGUAUAUGUGAAAACGUACCGUCGUCAAUGACUAAAUGUGUGUCUGCCGUCGACGCGCACGCAAGGUUCUUUUCUCUCCUGGUUUGCUUAGAAGGCAGGGAGGCUCGGGCUUUGAUGGGAAUAUGGAAGAAGAGAACUUCGUCACAAACCUGGAUACAGAAUCAUAUGGCCUCGGUGAACUCUCUGGCAAGUAUACGCCUCUGUCUGUCAAUUUGUCAGUAUGCCGCAACGGGACUAUUCAUCUCCGAGGUCCUGCUUUGACUUACUUUAUAGAUUAUCGUGAGCUUCGGUUCAGGCCCAAUCGACUCCACCGUUCUCGAAAGAUUGGUGUCGUUUUUGCUGGUGUAAGUCGCUCAAGGGCCACAAGGAAGCUCAAUUACGAGCACAACGACUUGGGAAUCAACAACACCAACAAGAAAGAAAUCAGAAGGAAGAAAGAGAUGUGAAAGCUGCAUCUUGGGGGUUUCAUCCCGUCUCUUUCCCCUCACUUAGAAUCACAUGACCUGCCGGCCUUGCCUGGCCACUUAUCACUCUCUGUUGCGUCAAAGGCAUAGGCCACAUCAUCGACGUGAUUCGGAAACCAUGGCCUGCUCAGGGGACAGCGGAUGUAGACAACGGCAAUGGCGUGCGUGUGCGUGUGCGUGUGCGUGAGUUAUUUGCUGUCGACGCUCUUCUCAGCGUGCCUCGAGGGAAAUGGAACGAAAUGGAACGAAACUGGGUUGGCGGAAGGAGCGGCAAGACGAAGGCAAAGAUGCAAAAGGCAACGAAGAAGCAGAGUUGGGGAUUCAAGGGUUGGUCCAUUGUUAUUGACAAAGCCAGGUUUUGAGUAAUACCACGGCGACAGAGUGAGAUUAUCCGAGUCACAAAAUGAGGGGAAGUCAACGCCGUGGCUGCCGUGCAAGAGAUGAAGGGGGCAAUAAGCCGAAUAGGGUCUCCUGCAUUUGGCAGGAACAGCUUCUGGAUGGCACCUUCCCGUUUCCUGCGAUUGGCUAUUACCACCCAUCCACGCCGUGUUCCUUGGACGUUGGGGUGCCAUCGACCACCAUCCAAGCCGUCAGCAGAACCCAAAUGGACGCGUAGUGGUUGUGAUUUGUCAAAGCGCAAGGGGAAAGGACAUUUUAGCCUACGGUUGCCAUUUUAGAUAUCUUAGCUUGUGAAACUAUGUUAUUGUGAAUAGCUUCUAAUUUGCUAUGGCCCGUUACUAUGGUUUAUAUGACCUCUCACGCGACAAUUCGAAGUAUUGUUUGCAUUAAAGUCGGCAGUCAUUACGGUCAGAGGCCAUUCAAAGCGGGGAAAGUGGAAAAUCCGGGGUAAUUAGGGUACGGGUAACAUUUGCCUCCCUUCCGUGGUGGAGCUGCAUUACCGUAUCGCGUCUCCGAAGGCAGGCAUUGGAUGUUCAAUCGGGUUUUGCGGCA